UGUUUGUGUGCGAGUCGACGUAAAUCACUGAUUUGGUUGGUGCGCGACUGACUGCGAACGGUCGAGGUAUAUAGUGUGACAUGUGUUUGGCAGGCUGAAGCCGAUGACAUUUAGGUUUUUCACAGAAAAGAUCAAGAGAAGAUGCGGUAUUCGACACGCCAUCUAAGGCGGGUUAUUGCGGUGCCUUCGCCAUAUAUAAUUUUUUUUAUAAAUUUGGUGGUGACCGUGUCCAGGGCCAGCGACCUGUGGCCCCUGGCGCGGCCCGAUGGCAUGCCCGCCAUCCAGUCACUGGAGGUGAUGUGCGGCAAGGACCACAUGGACGUGCACUUGUCCUUUUCGCGACCCUUCGAGGGCAUCGUCUCGUCGAAGGGCCAGCACGGCGACCCGCGAUGCGUCUACGUGCCGCCCGCGUCUGGCCAGACGGUCUUCUCCUUCAGGAUCGCGUACGCCAGGUGCGGCACCAAGCCCGACCUGCACGGCCAGUUUUACGAGAACACGGUGGUGGUGCAGUACGACCAGGACCUACUCGAGGUGUGGGACGAGGCGAAGCGGCUGCGCUGCGAGUGGUUCGACGACUACGAGAAGACGGCCUCCAAGCCGCCCAUGGUCAUAGCCGACUUGGAUGUGGUUCAGCUGGACUUUCGAGGUGACAACGUAGAUUGCUGGAUGGAGAUUCAGCAUGGAAAAGGGCCUUGGGCUCCACCAGUCAGUGGAAUCGUUCCCCUCGGUUCGACCUUGACUCUAGUCGUCGCUAUAAAUGAUUACAGAAGCGAGUUCGACAUGCGCGUCAAAUCCUGCCUAGCAUCCGACGGCGCCGGCCACGUGAUCCAGCUGUCGGACGAGUUUGGGUGCGUGGUGCGGCCGAAGAUGAUCAGCCGCUUCCUGAAGGCGCGAGGGGCUGACGAACGGGCUAGCGUGAUCACGUACGCUUUUUUCCACGCCUUCAAGUUUCCCGACGCGCUCAGCGUGCACAUCAAGUGCAAGGUGGAGAUAUGUAGACGCGGCUGCCUCGAUCACUGCCAACUGCAGGAGGACAAAGUUAGUGACAUCGACAUGGAGCACUACGCAGAUCCGCUGGAGAGAAAAGACGUCGAUGUGUCUUCUGAGAACGGAGAUGACAGAGAUAUCCCAGCAUCGGACCUCCGGCCCCCCAACGACGAAGACGUACUUUACGAAGACAUCAUCCACGACGCCACUGGUGACGAUUCCUCGGUGAAGUUGUCCUUCGAUGGCAACUCGAUCCAAGACCGGCGCGCCGCUGCCGGGCACUACCGAGCCGAUCCGAAGAGGCCCGAUGGGGCCGAGAAGGAUUUGGCGGCGUUGCCGCAUCAGGAAAUCCUACCGAUGCCUCUUCGAGACAAAUUCCCCUCCGGCCCGCGCACCUUCGGCCAACCCCGCAACCUUGACUCUCCUCAGACCGCCUCCACCCCUCAAACCACCUCCACCCCUCAAGAUACCCAUACCUCCCAAACCGCCCCCAACACCACGACGCCCCCGUCCCGCCGACGCCGUUCCGUCACCGUCUCGGACCGACGCGCACGCAGCGCCGACGUCGGCGUCAGCAGCCUCUAUGACGUCAUCUCCGAAGCGGACCUGGCAUUCAGCCCGGACGGCCGGCCGGAGGCGGUGGCCGUGUUCCAGGGCCGCAUCAGGGAAGAAGUGGUGUACGGUGUGUGCAUGCCCGUGCCCGGGUUCAGCUUGCUGUUCGUGCUGGUCGCCGUAUCGGCGGUGGUGUCGGCCUUGGUGGCCGGAUCGCUACUCUAUCGGUACCAGAUCCAAAGGGAGCGCCUGGCAGAGCAAGUCCAAGAUGAAUCCGGCUCUAUCCCAUUGAGCGCGUUCUCUAACUGGAUAGGGUUCCGUCUGCUGAGGAAGAACUGCGUCUCGGUGGCCAGACACACCGGCUGCAAGCGGAACGGGGACGCUCCGAUGCAAAUGCGGACUGUGGUGAACGGAAAAGCAGCUAAUGGCGCGUGUAGUUCUCAGAGAGACUGAACCACUAAUUGGUGCCUUAGAGUAGCUCAUAUGUGCAAUAGAGCCGAAUCUGAUUAGACCUAGCAUUUAUUAAUUCGUGAUUUGACUUGUGGUGAGAGUGUCUUUAUGUACUUGACACUCUUGUUACGACGUUUCCGUAUAUUUGGAGUAUGAACAGUCUCAGAAGCACUGACAGUCAAACAUAACCAGAAAGCAGAUUAUAUGUUAUGCCAAACAAAUAGGUCGCAUGUACGAUGACCGACCCUGGAUGUAAAAUAUUGAAACACAACCUCACUUUCCUAUAAAUCAUUGAAAAACAACCUCACUUUUUUCAUUUGUUCAGGAAUCAAAGGAUUGAGAUAGUUUUUCACAAUAUUUUGGCAUACGAAUCGUGUUUCCUGCGGUAUUCAUUAUUUCAAGCAUGCCUUCUCAUUGUGCUGUUGUACAAUGCACAAAAAAUGCAGCGGCCGGGAGACAAAGGAAUAUGAUGUUCCAGGUAAAUAGUUGCAUCACAUAGUUUUCAAUAUGAAAUUUUGUCAUUUCUUAUUAUAAUUCAUUCUGCCACUUCUGCGUUAGGAGCUAAUACUGCUUAUAGAUUGAAAAUGUCUACAACACACACGAUCAUAUUUCGUCAGCAUGUCAGACCAGUCCUGCCGUUCGAUUGCAUGAAUCCAAUCUUCUUUCAUUAUUUUAGAAAUUUCACGAGUAUUUCUAUUAGCUCCUAUUGCAGAAGGAAUUCCGAUGAUAAAUCGUAAGAAUUACCAAAUUUCAGGAAUGAAAACUAUAUGUGACUGACUAUAGUAGGUACUUUUUCGCUUUUCGCUUAGGUGUGGUGUAGUUCAUAGAUGAAAGCCCAAAGUCAUCUCCACAACAGUGAAUGUUGUGGAGAUGACUUCGAGUUUUUAUCUAUAAGUGUUUUAUAUUCUCGUUCAUCCAAACUGCGACUUGAAGUCUGAUAAAUAUUUUCAGUCUCAGUUUGCUUGCAUUCCACCAAAGAUAUAAAAUGAUAUUUUUCAAUUC